GACCAAUUUUGUCCACGGGUAUAAUGGGCUAACCCAUACGGUCUAUGGUUGGCCCAUCAAUUUUCUCAACACAUCAGUUUUCUUCUCUUCUCUCUCACACGUCGACUUUGUUCUCUCUCGGCGACGAAGCUCUCUCUCUCUCUCUCUCUCGCUUCGACCUCUCUUUCGACUCCUACUCCGGCUCCAGCUGAGCUUGAGAAGAGAAAGCACAAGCUCAAACGUCUUGUUCAGUCUCCCAAUUCCUUUUUCAUGGUAAUGUAAAUUUGAAACCUUUCUCCUUCUUUUGAACCCUUUAGGAACAAAGUCUCUGUGGUUAGAAUCUAUGUAACUACUCGACUUUGUGAAUUGUAUGUAAGUUUUGAGUCUGUGGGAGACGUGGGAGGUCAUCUUCUUACUCUAGUUCACCAAGUCAUCUUUUUUUUUGUGUGGGUUUCUCUGUUAAAUCAUUCUCCCUGUAGCCAUUGUAGUCUCUUUUCUUUACUUGUAGGUGCAUAUAGAGAGUCUUAGAUGCAUGUUUGAGUUGUCACUGUUGAUUACUUCAUUUCAUGUUGAUGUUAUGGUGUUAUAAAUAGAGCUUUUAACGAGAUUGUGUGAAAAUGCAUUGUAUAUAAACAUCAUUGUAUGGGCUGGCCAUGGGCUGACCAUUGGACAAUGGUCCUUAAUGGUCUUGGACAAAUUUUCAGACCAUUGUCCAUUAAGGACCAACCAUUAGAACCCAUGAAAAAAAUGUUCCAAGUGGACAUGACCAUUGGACUUUGGACAGCCCAAUUGACACUUCUAACUCAAGUAAACGUCAUCGUUUUUUUCAUUGAACAUAUCGGCGAAGAUACCUCGCCGUUAUACGAUCGGAGAAAGUUACAGUCUUUUAUUCCGAGAAUGGUUCAGCCGCGAUUCGUCCGUCCGACGCAAUCAUCGCCAUCUUCCAUUUCUGGAGAACCAAAUUCAUCAAAUCUAUACGUCGCGAAUUGUGGACCGGCGGUUGGACUAACACACAACGCAAUCGCGGCGGUGUUCGCUGAGUUCGGUGAAGUAAACGGAGUCUACGCGGCGGAUGAUAGCGGCGUUCGUGUUAUCGUCUCUUUCGCUGAUCCCUUCUCCGCGAAAGCAGCUCUAGAAGCUUUGAGUGGUCGACCAUGUCCUGACCUUAAAGGACGUUCUUUGCAUAUUCGAUAUUCAGUUCUUCAAUUACCUUCCGAGACGCAGGUGAAUGAUUGUGUUCCAGUGUCUUUGAUUGAUUCAGAGUUGAAUAUUCCAGGGCUUUUCUUGUUACCUGAUUUUGUCACUGUGGCAGAAGAACAGCAAUUGCUUGCAGCUGUUGAUGCUCGACAUUGGAUUGGUCUUGCUAAACGGCGUGUUCAACACUAUGGAUAUGAGUUUUGUUACGGGACAAGAAAUGUUGAUACCAAAAAGCGUCUCGGUGAGCUUCCGUCGUUUGUUUCUCCUAUACUUGAAAGAAUCUAUUUGUUCCCGAACUUUGACAACGGCUCAGCAAGCUUGAAUUUGGACCAGUUAACGGUAAAUGAGUACCCAUCUGGUGUGGGAUUAUCGCCUCAUAUUGAUACACAUUCAGCAUUUGAAGAUUGCAUAUUCAGCCUUUCUUUAGCUGGUCCUUGUAUUAUGGAAUUCAGAAGAUACUCUGUUUCCACAUGGAAAGCCUCAACUACCGAUGCUGAGAAGUCGGGUGACUCCUCUUGCAUCAAAAAGGCCUUAUAUCUUCCUCCUCGGUCUAUGCUCUUAUUAUCCGGUGAAGCACGAUAUGCUUGGAAUCACUACAUUCCACAUCACAAGAUUGACAAGGUGAAGGAUAAAGUGAUCAGAAGAAGUUCUAGAAGGGUAUCUUUCACAUUACGGAAGGUGAGAAAUCAUCCUUGCAGUUGUAAGUAUCCACAAUACUGUGACUCUCAGCAACAAAUGUAACUGAAGAAGAGGAGAAAAAUGAAAUGAAUAAUAUUUUUAGGUAUAGACAAAAUGCAUAUGGAGAAGAAAAAGAAGAGCCAUUUUUGUAGCUGUUUACUCUUAAUUAUUUAACUAGAUUUGGAUGAUAAACAUUGUUACAGUUGUAUUGCAUCAUAGAAAGAAAGAUCAUCGCGCGCCAAAAAUACUUGAUGUACGCUAGAUGGUUUUAAAAGAUAUUAUCUUGUUGUAUUUUUGAUGAGUCUAUUGGAAAAUGUCGGUAUAUAAUUGACAGAUGAUAAGUAUCAUAGUCGUAGUCUCGUAGAUGAUAUAUUGUUUUUAUUUGUAGUGGAUGAUGCUCUUCGAUGAUAUAUGAAUUAUGUAGACAGUAGUUGGUUAAUUCUUACACGUAAAAUAAUAAAUUUUUAAAUUUACUAUC